AUGAAAAACUGUGCCAAUUAAAUUGGUGAUGAAGGUGCAUCAGGCUUAGGUUCUGCUUUAGCAAAUUGCAUUAAUCUCUCAAAUUUGACACUUGACCUUGGUUUCAAUUAAAUUGGUGCAAUGGGUGCAUCAGGCUUAGGUUCUGCUUUAGCAAAUUGCAUUAAUCUCUCAAAUUUGACACUUAAUAUUCGUGCCAAUUAAAUUGGUGAUGAAGGUGCAUCAGGCUUAGGUUCUGCUUUAGCAAAUUGCAUUAAUCUCUCAAAUUUGACACUUAAUCUUGGGUAAAAACAGUUUAUUUGUUUUGGAUUGUGA